GCCCCAAUAUGUACUAGAUGUGGGAUCAAAUUCAAUUUCACCACUCGUCGGCAUCACUGCCGCCGCUGUGGUCAGAUCUACUGCAGCACGUGUUGUGACCACAAGCUGGAGUUGCCCAGGAUGUGUUUCAUUGAUCCUGUGCGCAUCUGCCAGAACUGCACUCCGGCCACCCUCGAGGAGAACAAGUUCUUUGACCAGCAAAUCAAAACGCUCACAAAUGGUGCUACUUUUAUGCUAGAAAACAACCAGAUGAUUCUCUCAACCACAGAUCUUCUACAAUGUAAACUGUCUCCUGACCACAGGCAUUUGAUGUUUGAUGGUGUGAAGUUGGCACCACUUGAUAUCAACACCAUCACAGCUCUUCGGGUAGACAAGGAUCCGAUCAACGGUGUGAAGAGUGUGGAAAUAGAAUACAGUGUUGCCAACAGUGUGGAGAAGAACUGCGUCAGGCUUGCCACUACACCAGAGCUAGAACACCGCAAGACUGGUGCCUCCUGGAUAGCUGCAAUGCAGCAGGUACGUUGCCAAUACGAGUACCAGCACAAAGUUUGUGGUACAGCUGCAUAUAAAGUAUUAAUUCAUAACUAAUAUAAGAACAAUGCA